UUUCAGCUCCCAGAAGGAACUCAAUCACGAUCACAAUCAGCAUCCAUUUCCAUUUGGAUAACAGAUGCUGCUUUUUGUUUUUGUAGAGAGAAAUUCGAUUCAAUAAUUAAUCCCAAAAGAAUCCAUCUUCAAUUCCCCGCUUCCUCUCUUUUGAGUUCUCAUCUCAUCGCGAAAGAGAAAUGUCAGCGUACAGAUGGAAGAGCUUCGAGGAGAACGAGGACCGCCCCUCCAAACCUCGCCGCUACGGCGUCACCGAGAUGAGAAGCCCUGAUUACUCUCUCUUCAACCACAAUGUUCUUCAGGAUAUAUUUGAAUCAAUGGGAGAGUACGUUGAUGGAUUGAAGUUUUCUGGAGGGUCUCACAGCUUGAUGCCAAAGUCACUUCUCAAAGAAGUGAUCGACAUGGCUCAUCACCACGAUGUGUACGUUAGCACUGGUGAUUGGGCUGAGCACACCAUUCCCAAAGGCCCUUCUGCUUUCAAAGAUUUUGUUGAGGAAUGCAAGCAGAUGGGUUUUGACACAAUUGAGCUCAAUGUGGGCUCACUUGGGAUUCCCGAAGAGACUCUUCUCAGAUUUGUCAGAUUGAUUAAGAGUGGUGGCAUGAAAGCUAAGCCCCAUUUUGAGGUCAAGAUUAAGGAGUCUGAUAUUCCAAGAGGUCCUUAUAGGGCUUUUGGGGCUUAUAUUCCUCCUUCAGCGCCCAGAUCAUCUGAAUUUGUGGAAGAUGUGGAUCUCUUGAUAAGAAGGGCUGAGAGAUGUUUGGAAGCCGGUGCAGACAUGAUAAUGAUUGAUGCUGAUAAUCUUUCCAAACAUGCUGAUAACAUGCGCGCAGACCUUAUAGCGAAGAUCAUAGGACGCCUUGGGAUUGAGAAGACUAUGUUUGAAGCAUCAAAUCAGAGAACAUCCGAGUGGUUUAUCAAACAAUAUGGUCCAAAUGUGAAUCUCUUCAUAGAUCACUCGGAUGUUGUUGAUGUGGAAUGCCUCCGAGGGCGCAACUUGGGAAGAAAUCAUGCAUCUGUUCUUGGUUCUUCAUAUUUCCUGUUCUGAAGGGACAUGAAUUUGUGUAGCCCCUGUACUGGAUUUGUUUGUCAAAUGUAGAAGUCAUGUGUGUUUGUUGUAGUGGGUAUUAAAAUUAAAAACAUCUUUUAAAAAGUGGAGUGAAGACUGAAAAUUCAGGAGGGGAGAUAGAAGCAUUUGUAAUAUAUUCUCCAAGGAAUGCAUUUCCCUACUUGAUUUUGUGUUGGAUUAUUCGUACAAUAUAUAGCUCCUAAUGUGAAGAAAACUUGAAAUAUUCUGAAAGCGAUAA